AUGAUUUCGGGACUAUUUAUUGUUGGAUUGUUGACAAUCUCGAUUGGACUUUCAACAGCUCAAUUCAGAGGAGAAUGCGAAGUUCCGUUGCACAAAGGAAUUCAAGAAUGCAAAAAUACAUCAUCAAUUAGAGUAAGUUGAACGAAUUUAUCAGAUAUAAAUAAUUCCGAUAUUUUUAGUAUCAUUUUGAUAAAACUACUCAAACUUGUCUCGCUUUCCGUUAUUCUGGAUGUGGCGGAAACACCAACAACUUCAAAAGUCAUUCGGAAUGUCAACAAUUCUGUCUCCCAAGUUAGUGUUUUUCCCAAUGCUCUCAUCAAAAAAAUCAUAUUUUUAUAGUGGACUACUUCACAUGUCCAGUCGCAUCUGCUAAAAUCAAGAGCAAAGAUGGGUCGGUCAACUGUGCUGGAAUGGACCAAAAAGAAUGUGAUGGUGAACAUAGCUAUUGUGUUAGAGGAUCAUUUGUUGGAUUCUGUUGUGACAAGAGAAUUAGAGGUGACUAGAAAUCAUAUAAACCUGUCUAUAAUUGUUGAUUUUUUUCUAGACAAAGUAAACCAAGACUACGAUGAUGAAUGUGGACCAAAACAAAAGAAGGAAAAAGUUCAAAUGUCUGGAUAUUCAAUUCCACUUUUGGGAAAAACUUGUGACUCAAACUUUUGCUCAACUGGAUACAAGUGCCAACAAGGAAAUUAUUAUGCCUACUGUUGCAAGUAA